CUGAACUUUGAUAGUAGAAUUUGUUGUAAAUUUUAAGUAGUAGUUCUACGCUGAAUAGAGGUAAAAUGUGACACUUGGGUUUACUAUCCUGUUCAAAAGCUAGGAUCACGUUCAAAGAUAUCUGUACCGAACGUGAAACGUCAAACUACUGCGGUGUGUAAUCUGUGGAAAGAACAGGUACCCUAAAAAACCGCUUAAGGUUACCGAAGCACGUGCCCGUGACGGCAUCCGAUUGAGUCAUCUUUAUUGUCGUAGAGCAACGGGCCAAAAUGAAUAGCAUAGUGAAUCUGUUCAGCAAUUUUAAGGAAUUCUACAGCGAAAUCAACGGGGCCACACUGACCGGCGCUAUCGAUGUGGUCGUGGUGGAGCAACCGGACGGUUCGUACCAGAGCUCACCGUUCCACGUACGGUUCGGCAAGCUGGGCGUGCUGCGCAGCCGAGAGAAGGUGGUCGAUAUCGAGCUUAAUGGCGAAUCGGUGGAGCUCCAAAUGAAACUGGGCGAGUCGGGUGAAGCAUUCUUCGUGGAAGAGUGCGACGAUGAUGACAGUGAGGUGCCCGCGCAUAUGGCAACCUCACCGAUACCAAGCCAUUCCUACCUGAGCAACUACGAGGGUGACGGCGGAAGCGGUGCUGGCCCAUCGGGUAAAGGAGCAACCGGCAGCGAGUCUGUUGGUGGUUCCGUGGGGCCGGUACAGCACGACGAAGGUUCGGUUAUGGUGAUGAUGCCCCUGGGAGGGCCGGCUACAAAUGAUGUACCGAGCGUUGUCGUCGGCGGUCUGGUGGACACGGAAGAGUCGAUGCCACGGCCUCGCCGUAAUUCGGUUGAUCUCUCGAACGAAAUGGCCGAUCUCGAGCGGGCCAAAUAUGAAAACCAAAGAUCCGAGUACCUCACUCGGAGGCAUACCGAUAAUGUUACCAAUAGGCCGGACUUGUCGCUAACGAAGAAGGAGUACACGAUGCAAAAGUUGCGCCAGGAGUGGGAAGCCGCUACCGAAGCGGAACAGGAACAGAUCUUUCACAUGGAAGGUCUAGACGAUGAGGCGCCUCCGGCUGACUGGCAGAACAGUACGCUGCUACCAUCGCACUCCAGCGGUGAAGCUGGAUCCGGUGACGUUCCGAGUAAGGUCGGAGAGGAAAAGCAAUUUAAGCCCAUCGAUGCUCAGCCAACCACCGGUGCUAGCGGCGGAACACAGGAAAUGCCUUCAACGGUAGCCGGAUCGGAACUGAUGAGUGAUUUGGCCACCGCAGACAGUGUGUUGGAUUCGAAAUCCAAGAAAAAGCGCAGGAAGAAGUCGAUUCUGAAAAAGAAAAAUGCUCAAAGAAAAGGCUCGACCAGCAGCAGCUCCGGUGGCGGCUCGAAUCAUUCAGACCAGAACGAUGCAGCGGAAACGGACAGCGUAACAACUGCCUCCCAAGCCACGGUGUCCACGGGUAGCAGUGGUUCCACCAACGUAGCUCACAGUGGGAUAGAUGCCAAGGACGAUGACACCGGUUCCUCCUCGGUGGCCGUGAAAGAAGACAGCGAGUCACUAAAAACGAACGUGAUGGUCCUUGCCACACCGCAUCAUCACUCUGAGCUGGAUAUUCAUUUCUUCAGCGACACCGACAUCGGCAAUGGCACCAGCCCACAACAAUCGCGCCCUUCUACGCCCAUCCAAAGCGACACCGAGUUCGAGAUUUCACAGCGCGAAAAACCGGAAACGGAAGACGAAAGGUUGCUUUAUGAUUCCUGGAAAUGGGGCGAGCUACCGACCAAGCCGGAAUCGAAAGUAGGCGAUCUGGAGGGUGGUGGUGUGGCGAGCAAGCAAGCCCAGCACAACUCCAUGCUGAACGGUCUCAUGAGCUUCAUGAAGUACAACAACAAAAAGAAACGACAGAGUGUCCCGGAAGGACUUUAUCUGUCGGAUUUGGAUAAAUUGCGAGAACCGGAGAUUGCUCAGCUAUACUUUCCACCGCUCUCGAUGCUGAAGCAACAGCAGCAGCAGCAACAGCGCGGUGGCAGCGCAGACGAAGAAGAUCGUGAAAGUGGCAAUGGAACAUCGAUACCUCAUAGUCCCACCUCAAUGGAGGAAGGUCCCGGUGGCUUCAAAGGUCUGGAUUCCGAUUUCGAUGAGCAUCACAACACGGAAUUGCAACGAAAUCGUGCGGAAGGGGUACAUUACGCGGGCGGCGACGGGGAUCAGAGAGCAGUCGAAUCGAUUGCUUUGUCACUUUGCGGUGGGUUGGACAAUGCCGAUGGUCCAUCGAACGAAAGCUUUGAGCGCCAUCGGUUGCAGUACUCGAAUGUACUCGCUGAUCCUGCAGUAUUCGGGGACCCCGAGCUAGUGGUCCGUAUUAACGGAAAAUACUACAGCUGGGCGGCCGCCUGCCCACAGGUCAUGACAUUACUGGCGUUCCAAAAGUCGCUUCCAACCGAACUGCUGGACGGGAAGAAGGUGAGCUCCACCGAUCCCGGGCUGACAAAACCGGACGAUGGGACAGAAACCGAUCCGAGCGCCGCGAACAAAUUGCAGCAAAUACCACAAGCUCAACAGCCAACGCAGCAAAAUGCAGCUGGCGGUCGAUGGUGGUACUGGGGGCGUUCGAAUGAGUCGAAACCGCCUCCGGCGACCGAUUCUUCACACUUGCCACUGACUCCGACAACACCGACAGGGUCCGAUGGCAAUCUAAAACCAUCGACGGCUGUCGCAACGCAAACCACUCGUUCGAACUCGUUGGACGAUAGUAACGAAGGUGAUCCGAGUGCUGCCAUGGCCGCGGCAACUGUAGGCGACAAUGCGGUUCCAGUUCGGGAAGGCGUUGGAAAAACCGUUGAUGGUUAUAAUGGCUCUCUUUCGUCCGACGAUUCCGAGCUGGCGAUGGACAAAACCCAACCGGUCGCUAUCGUACCGGGAGUUGCGCCCGAUGGCAGUGUCGACAACAGCAUGGACAAGUUGCUCUUUUUGGGCGGAGAAAAGUAUCGCAAAACACUGCGGCUGUCGACGGAACGUAUUAAAGCGCUCAAUCUGCUGGACGGUAUGAACGAGGUCGUGUUCAGCGUCACCACGGCGUACCAGGGUACUACACGCUGCAAGUGCUAUCUGUUCAAGUGGAAGCAUAGUGAUAAGGUGGUGAUCUCGGAUAUCGAUGGAACGAUUACUAGAUCCGACGUGCUUGGUCACAUUCUCCCGAUGGUCGGUAAAUCGUGGGAUCAGAUCGGCGUCGCCGCGUUGUUCUCCAAGAUCGAGGAAAAUGGGUACAAGAUGCUGUACCUUUCGGCUCGUGCGAUCGGCCAGGCGAAAACCACUCGCGGUUACCUGCAAUCGAUACGGCAGGGCGACGUGAAACUUCCGGAUGGUCCACUACUGCUCAACCCAACCUCCCUCAUGUCCGCAUUCCACCGGGAAGUGAUCGAGAAGAAGCCGGAACAGUUUAAGAUUGCCUGUUUGAACGAUAUACGCGAGCUGUUCCCGGAGAAGAAUCCGUUCUACGCGGGCUACGGCAAUAGAAUAAAUGAUGUGUGGGCCUACCGGGCUGUGGGUAUCCCGACAUCGAGAAUUUUUACUAUCAACCCGAAGGGCGAAUUGAAACACGACCUGACCCAAACAUUCCAAUCAACUUACUCUAAUAUGGCGUACAUCGUAGAUCAGCUAUAUCCACCUAUCAAGCAUAUAGAGGAAGAGGACAAUGAGUUCACCAGCUUCAACUACUGGCGUGAGCCAGUCCCCGACAUUGAUUUUACUACCGCUGCAUACGAUUCUUCGGUUGGAGAUGCUUCCUCAUCAAUCGCCGUUUCCGGUGUGCCAACGGGCAAGAUAACACCAACGGCGACACUGAUCCAGCAAGCUCUGCCCACCAUUCCUGAGAACUAAGUUCUUUUGCGGGUACUCGCAUUACUGGACUCCGUUGUGGCACAACAUGUCAACAGCGAACACCGGAAGGGCAGUAAGAAGUCGAUCGAUCACGCUAGCUAGAGCGAGCUUCAACAUGGGUUUAUGAGGAAACGUAAAAUACUAUAUAAUAGCGUUCGCGAUGUUUAAGCUGUGUAGCUUCGAUGAUAUUCAACGCUUUGCUGCAGUUGUAGUUUACGCUCCCGUCUGGAGGGAGGACUGACAAGUUUUCUCCGGCGCCCAUCCGCACCGUUUUCAUACAUGGUCAUGGUGCAUUCUAGUUUGACGACUUUGGUCGUGUUCUGAGUCGUGUUAAAAGGGUUCCGAAAAAUAGGCCAAGCAAAUUAGCGACAAAACAUUGAAGUAAUACGAGGAAAACCUGUGCGAUCUAAGCAAUUGCGUGAUAACGAUGGCACAUCAAAAAUAGAUGACUUGUUCUGUAGAAGCUUAUAAUUAAGGAUCUUAGCAACAGCUGCUUUUUUGUGCGUUGUGAUGGAGCCACGCAGAAAGGAGAAUGAAAAUGGAUAUUUGGUCUGUUUGCUUGCUCUUCAAUAUUCAAAGUGAAUUAUGUGAUAAUUAUUUUCUAUUUAUUUUUUAGCCUUUGAAAUGCUGAUAAAUUUAAGAUUUCUUUUUUAAAACAACAACAAAGCAUGUGUUACUCAACGUGUUGCGUGAGAAAUUUACUCGACACACUUGAAAAAGACGGAAAGUAGCUACGCUUUCCUAAAUGAGGAAGACACCGACACAAGGCAAACUCACAUAACAAGUCCUGCAGGAUGUUUCGUUUAACUUUAUAAAGCAAUAAAGCACACACGCAUCGAAAAAAGUUAAGGACAGCUUCUUUUGUUUCAAUUAGCUUCUUUGUAAUUCUAUUGCAAUUUAAGAAAGAGAACGUCGUGGUGAAAGUUGUGGACCGAAAACAUUAGCAAGCACAGAUCAGGGUAUUAGUGAGUCGCAUCGCUUUUGCUGGAACAAAUGUAGAACGAUCACAUUAUCCAUCUAGCAGGCAAGUGAAAAAUAAAUCGCAUU